AUGUCUCCCUAUCACGCGUUGUUUGGCUUAAAUAUGAUAACUCAUGGUUCAUCAUAUUCCCUACUACGAAAUUUAAAAAUAUUAGAUGAACCAAUUGCGUCCGUGUCCCGUGCAGAUAAUUUACAACUAAUACGUAAAGAUUUACAGAAGUACCUAAAACGAGCUUAUGAACAAAACCAACAAACAUACAAUCUACGAACCAGGCCCGAAACGUUUCACGUUGGCCGGGUGGUAUUGAGACGCAAUUUUGUACAGAGUAACAUGGAGAAACAUUUCAAUAGUAAAUUAGCACCUUUAUUCGUUAAAGCAAAAGUUAAGGAGAAAUUGGGAAGGCAUUACUAUGCUUUAGUAGAUUUGGAAGAUAAACCAAUAGGCACUUACCAUGCCAAGGACAUCCGUUUAUGA